AAUUUCAUUGUUGGCAAGCCGCUAAAGAAGUAGAGGUCUUUUAAUCGCGAUUCAAAGUUGUUUUUCAUUGGUUUCGUCUCGAGUGAUCAUUGAUUUGUGAUUGUUCCAUUCCGCAAGAGACCAGGAACAUGAAUGCGAAGGACGAUGUGUCUGAUAUCAAAUCUAGCGUAAAACUAGAAGCAGUAAAACAAAUUGUGCGACUGCAGUUCAAAGAUGGGAAAACUAAAAUUGGUGACGACGCUGUCAGAUUGGUGGGAGAAGUGGUUCAACUUUUGAUCGUGGAAGCAGCUGCUAGAUCUUGUAACCAAGCUCUGCUUUGCGGCCAGUCAGUAGUUGAAAUGGAACACGUGGAGAAGGUCCUCCCCAAACUGCUUUUGGACUUUUGAAAGUGUUCAAGUCGUCUUCGUGAUAAUGAUGUUGCGCAUCAUUGAUUGAUGGUAUGGCUUUGUCAAGGAUAAGGAUAAUAAAGAAAUGGGAACUAAAAAAAA